UUUUGCCCUAUCACCGAAGGUUCGAUCCCUCCGAAAUCUCUCCCAUCCGUGUUGCCCUUUUCCAAAAACCUCUGCAGAUCGAAGAACAGAGACAAAAAUUUUGGAUUAGGGGAAGGAUAAAAUCAUAAGGAAAGGGCGACCCCCAAUCAAUAGGGCUAUAUCCAGGUCGCGCCUCGAACGAGCUACUAUGGCGAAGAGGUCGUGUAGCAGAAGAGAACUACUCGAUCGAUGGAUGGGUAUUCAAGAAGAGGAGGAGGACGAUGAUCCGUCCCCUGCGAAGCAGGAGCAAAUUCGUCGAGCCAAGGAGAGUUGGUUUUCUGAUUGUUUUAAAUUUUUAGCCAAUUUGCCAAAAGAAAGUCAUAUAUGGUGUGGCUAUUCCGAUUUAAUGGGACCUCUUCUUGAGACUUUUCAUUAUUACUUCAAUGACAAGAGCAGCGAUUCACCUUUGAAAUAUAUAUGGAAGAGGAUUUCUAUGGAGUUGGGGCAGUGCAUGCAGUGUAUAUUCCAGCAUCAUCAGGCUCAAGAAUCUUAUAAUCUGGAGUAUGAAUCGGAUGCUGUUGGCCCUCUUCUGAAAGUGUUACGUAGCCUUGAUGAAGAAAGGGUUGCAGAGCAUAUAGAAAAGAUAAAUGCAAGGAUUAAACAUGGGGAAUAUGAUGCAGACUCUUAUAGCGUUGAAGUUAUUAGCAUAAUGUUUGAAGUUUUGACAUAUCCAUUGCUUCUAGAGGACCAGUCUUUGGUCAAUGAGUUCCAAAUUUUUCUUGACAUAAUCGACAAUUAUCAUGAUGUCACUUUAGCUGGUAGUCAACAAUAUAUGGGUGUCUAUGCUCUACUCUUUCUUAAAAGUGGAAGGGCUAGAGCAAUUGGUUUUCGCCUUGCUGAAAGUAUGGGAAAGUUGAGGAGUGCAGCAGAUUUGGAUCCUUUGCAGCCUCUUUUAAAGAAAUACAUUGGCUUAUUGGGUGCUGAGGUUCUUCCGUCAACCAUUGAUGAUUCAAGGCCAAGAGUACAGCUUGAGCGGACAACUGUUUGGAUUGGAGUUAAAACUCUGCUUGGCUUUCUUGAGGCCCCAGCAUAUGAAGAAGGGGUAUUAGAGAGAUACCCUGUUUUCCUGAACAUUGUUCUUAACCAUGUCAGUGGUGACACAGCGGAUUUUUCCUAUGCUGUUGCUUGUUUGAGGAUAUCCUUUGAAAUUCUUGGGAGUAAACUUUGGCUGAAGACUGCAUUAUCACCAAGCGUGAUGCGAAACACUCUUUUGGGUCAGUGUUUUCAUACCAGAAAUGAGAAAAGCCACAAGGAAAUUUUUGAUCUUUUCCUCCCAUUUUUGCAGUCUCUUGAAGCCCACCAGGAUGGCGAGCAUGAAAAACAGAGAAGGAACUUACUAUACUUUCUUCUUCAUCAAGUAAACCAGAGUAGCAAUUUCAGUGACCUCAUGAGAAAGAAUGCUCGCAAGAUAGCACUUCUAAUUGUACAUCGCGGAUACAAAAUGGUUCCUCCCUGUCCACCCUUUGAAUGUGCACAUAUGUGGGGUCCAACUUUGGUGAAUUCUUUGAAGAAUUUGUCCUUACAUAGUUCUCUUCGGCAACCAGCAUUUGAUCUUAUCACAACAAUUAUAAUUUCUGACGCAUCUGCUCUGAUAUCUCUUAAGCAGAAGGAUAGUGCUAUUCAUAAAUGUAAAUUAAGCACCCAAGGUUAUUUCAUUGACGAGGAAGAUGAGCCCAUUUUAUCUGAAGAUGUGGAAGAAAGGGAUAACAGUUGUUGGACCGAAUUUAACAUGCUGAGCAAGCUCGCUUCAUCUGAAUGUACAUGUUGGACAUGCAUUCCAAUGCUAUGGACUGAUUGUUUGGUUGAAGUGGGCCCCGCAACUCUCCCCAUAACGUUUUCAAAAGCUGUCUUCUGGGCUUUGUCACGUUUAUCUGUGUUGGAAUUGAACUUCAGUGUAGAUAUAUCACUCUCAGUUCGGGACUGGUUGUCCAUUCACGCUAGUGAGAUCUCUUCAUCAUUUGGGUGGCAGAUUCCAACUGGUUUUGAUGACGGUGGGGAAGGGAAGGAGUCAAGAAACUCCAUUAAGGCAUCAUCUUUGGGCAUUCCAUUAUUACGAACAUUUAAGAGGCUUGCUGCUGAAUUCAUCUUGCAAAUGGAAAAACUUGAGCUUCAGAAACAAUGGACAUGGGAACCAAAAAUGGCUGAGAGCAUGAUACUUUCGCUUGUAGACCCUGAUGAUGUUGUGAGGAAAGCUGGUAAAAUUAUUUUGGAGCAUUUGUCUAGUGAGAGUCUUUUGACUUCUGGACUCCAGUUUCUUUGUUCUAGUGCAACUUCUCUGUCUUCCAUGCUUGUGGGGUUAAGAUUUAUGUUUAAACAGGUUCAUUGUAACCCCAUGAUUGAUAGUUUUCAUAGUCUCCACCAUGUGUUCUUUGUCUCGGGGAAACUAUUGAAGGAAUUGGUAAGAUCUCCCAUGAAAGCACCUCCGAACUCUCAGUUGUAUCCAAGCAGAACAUUGUCUUCGCAGGGGGGUUUUUUGCCGCAACCUUUCAUUAAUCAUUUGCCAGCUAAGCCUUUUGAAUGCCAACCUAAUCAAGUGGACAUUAAAUCUUGGGAGAAAUUCAGUUGCUUGCUUUCUGCUACCAUGUGGUCUCCUGUAUUAAAAUGCCUAGUCGAAGGCAAGGAGCUUAUAAAUAACACAAAGUGUCAGAUGACAUGUGUUCGGUUGCUGGAAACGCUCCCUGCUAUUUAUGAAAGGCUUAGUUUAUCUAUCUCCAAUUUGUCAGGAAGUGUGGUGCAUUUGGUUCCUAGUUUAUCUGACUUUAAAUGGCUUUCAGAUUUGGUAGAUUGGGGUAGAUCACAUCUUGUGGUUAUCAUUAGGCACUGGAAGCAAUGCAUGCAAUCUUUGUUGAACAUACUGAAAGAUUCAUAUAAUGACUCAACUGCAUCCAUGAUAAGUUCUAUCGAAAAACUAAUGUCAGCUGAUACAAUUAUGGUUGAUAGUUUACAGGAGGAGAUUCUUAUGGUCUCUUGUUGUCUUGCUUCCUUCAGAGAUGACAGAAAAAUUAUCACGCCAAAAUCAUUACCUGUUGAAACUCGUUCAUGGAAAAAUGUGUCAUAUUCAAAUGUAUCUUUGUAUUUUGAUUCAAAUUCAAGUUCUAAUGUUGUUAAAAUGAAUAACAAAAAUAUAGAGAAAGAAGUUGUUGUUCUUUCGGAUGAUGAACCUGAUGAAGUGGCGUCAAUGGAGGUGGUAGCCUCUUGCUGUACUAAUUCAGAGUCGCACCUGUUAAGUGGGACUUCUGUUCCAGCUACUUGUAAGGGCUUGCUACCAGAUAGUGAGACCAAGUCCGUGUUUGCUAGUUCUAACUAUGACAUGCUUGAGCCCUUUCCUUCUGGAAUUUUUGUUGAGGACGACCCUUGUUCUUCUCAGGAAGAGGAUAAUCUUGUGAAUAAUAAAACAUCUUCUAAUGAAGAAUCAUUUUCCCGUAAAAUUGGAGGUUCUCAUAUGCAAGAAAGAGGUCAUGGUAUUAAGGCUUUAAAAAAUAGUAGCUUUGUUAAGUCUUCUUCCGACAGGGGUCGAAAUGUUCGAGCCCAAAAUGGUCAAUCAUUAGUUGAAAUUCCUCCUACCAAGAUAACUAGAACUGUUACACGCCCAGAGCAGGCAGUUGCUAUGAUCGAACAGUUGGUUCAAGUUGACAUUAAUAAUCCUUUGGAGCUUGCACUUGACCAUGCUGUUUGUUCAAAACCAGUAGUAUCGAAGCCAACAAUGCUUGCUCCCAAAAGAAAAGUAAUCCAACUUCAAAUGCCUGCCAAUCAGAAAUCUUGCUUGCUCAAUAGAAUGAACGUAUCUUCGAGAAGACUUAAACCUCCUAGAUUGGAUGUUUGGUACAAGUCCAUCUUGGAAAUGGAUUACUUUGUGAUAGUGGGACUAUAUUCCACUGAUGAACUUGACAAGACAACCUCAAAUUUCAAUGAAGUUCCUUUACAUUUCCAAUCUUCAGAUCAUUAUGUUAAAAUUUUCCAGCCACUAGUUUUGGAAGAGUUCAAAGCUCAGUUGCGCCAUUCAUUUUUAGAGUCAUCUGUAGAAGACAAGCAUUGUGGCAGUCUUUCUAUAGUUUCUGUGGAAAGGAUUGAUGAUUUUCAUAUAAUCCGAGGUCGUCCUGAUGAGAAAGCAUCUGAAAUAUCUUUAGGUUGUCUGGAAAAUGAUCUGGUUCUGCUCACAAAAGAUCCCCUGGAGAAUUCUGUCCAAAGUACACACGUUCUUGGAAAGGUGGAAAGGCGUGAGAAAAGUGAUAAAAAUUCCUCUGUUAUUCUAGUGAUUAGAUUAUAUCUUCCAGAUACUUUCUCACGCUUAAAUAAAGUUAAGCGGCUACUAAUUGAACGGAGUAAAUGGUUUUUAAGUCGAGCUAUGAGUAUAACUCCUCAACUGAGAGAGUUUCAGGCUCUUUCAUCUCUCAAUACGAUUCCUAUGCUUCCCAUCAUCUUGAAUCCUGCUGAUCAUUCUCCUCGGCAUACCAAACCGCAAAAACUAGACCUAAGUAAGCUCUCUCAGUUCAUGCAAGACACGUUGAAGUCAUCAUUUAAUGUCAGUCAGCUCCAGGCUAUUAGUGAUGCCAUCAGAGCACAUGCUUCACGAAAAUUUGACCUCUCACUCAUCCAGGGUCCCCCAGGAACUGGUAAGACCAGAACUAUUGUUGCUAUUGUUGGUGCGUUGCUUGCUCUUCAAAGAGUCCCAAAAAGCUAUUCAUCCAACGUGUUAACCGACACUAACAGAGAAGUCAGAACCUUCUCCAAUCCUAGGACACAUCUUACCCAUUCUACAGCAGUUGCAAGAGCUUGGCAAGAUGCGGCUUUUGCAAAACAAUUGUUUAAAGAUGCAGAGAAAGAAUCUUCAAUGCUUAUAGAAUGUGCUUCGAAAGGAAGGGUUCUUAUCUGUGCACAAUCAAAUGCAGCAGUUGAUGAACUUGUAUCAAGAAUCAGUGAAGGGCUUUGUGGGAAUGAUGGAAAAAUAUACAAACCUUUCAUUGUGAGAGUUGGCAAUGCAAAAACUGUUCAUCCUAAUUCUCUGCCUUUUUUUAUUGACACACUUGUUCAAAUACGGCUGGAAGAAGAACUAACAACCCUGGGAACUGCAGAUGGAGGAAAUGACUCUACUGUUGAGACUUCAAGAUCAAUUCGUGCUAAACUGGAGAAGCUAGUUGAAAGAAUACAGUACUAUGAAUCCAAGCGUGUUAAAUCAAAAGAUGGGGAUGCCAACGUGAAGGGUACCUCUGGUGGUGAUAUUUCUAAGGAGGAUAGUUUUAAAGAAAUGUCCGAUGCAGAAAUAGGGGGAAAACUGAACAAUCUGUACAGGGAGAAAAAAAUAAUUUUUCAAGAUCUUGCUUCUGCUCAGGCGCGAGAAAAGAAGAAUUCUGAAGAAAGCAGGGCCCUUAAGCGUAAGCUGCGGAAAUCCAUCCUAAGAGAGGCUGAAAUUGUGGUGACAACACUCAGUGGGUGUGGUGGUGAUCUGUAUGAAGUUUGCUAUGAAUCUUCCUCUAGCGGUAAUUCAGGGAAGUUUUCUGAUCAGUGUUUCUUUGAUGUAGUUGUAAUUGAUGAAGCAGCCCAAGCUCUUGAACCUGCAACUCUCAUUCCACUGCAACUUUUGAAGUCAAAUGGAGCCAAAUGUAUAAUGGUUGGGGAUCCCAAACAGCUUCCUGCUACUGUACUUUCCAGUGUGGCUAGCCAAUUUCUCUAUGAGUGUAGCAUGUUUGAAAGAUUGCAAAGAGCAGGGCACCCCGUGAUACUGUUAACUGAACAGUACCGAAUGCAUCCAGAGAUAUGCAGUUUUCCAUCAUUGCACUUCUAUGAUAACAAGCUACAGAACGGCGUUGGUGCAGCAAGCAAAUCCGCUCAAUUUCAUGAGCAUGUUUAUUUGGGUCCUUAUAUAUUUUUUGAUAUCCCUGAUGGUCGUGAGCAUCAUGGAAAGAGUUCUGGCUCUUUGUCGCUUUAUAAUGAGGCUGAGACUGAGGCAGCUAUCACUAUAAUGAGGUUCUUAAGGAAAAGAUACUCUUCUGACUUUACCUCUAGAAAAAUAGGGAUCAUAACUCCUUAUAAGAGCCAGCUUCAUCUCUUACGGUCUCGCUUUUCCAGUGUAUUUGGGUCAAGUACUGUUUAUGACAUGGAGUUCAACACUGUAGAUGGAUUUCAAGGGCGUGAAGUGGACAUUGUAGUAUUGACAACUGUUAGGUCUUCCAUCUCUAGUUUUACAUCGGUGGGGACAAACUCAAUUGGUAUAGGCUUUGUUGCAGAUAUAAGACGUAUGAAUGUAGCCUUAACAAGAGCGAAAAUUUCUUUGUGGAUAGUUGGUAAUGCAAGGACAUUGCAGACAAAUCCUCAUUGGGCAGCUUUAGUCCAAAAUGCUAAAGAAAGAAAUUUGUUCAUCUCAGUUGUCAAGCCUUAUGAUUCUUUCUUUGAGAGGAGUGUAUCAUUAUCCGGAGGAAACUCAUCUUUUUCCAGGGUUGAUGUCCAUCAAAGUCAUGCAAAGAAGAAUGAGAGGGCCAAAUCUCGCCGUGAAAUUGAACAAGACAAAAAUAAUGAGAGAGAUGCUCACAGAAAGAAGACAAAGCUUGCAGGAAGCAAACCACUGGUGCAUUCAACAGGGAAAUCUGGGCUAGUUGGCUCCAAAGGAAAUAAAAGAGCGGCAAAUGACAAGAACAACAAAUUCACUGUCACUGAUGCAACAACGGCCCAUGAAGAUGAAACCAUCAAACUUCAGAAGCAAGAUGAUGGUUUGGCCAGUUCUGGAAACACCUCGCAGAAGAAUGCCAAGUGCAGCAGAGGAGGGACCAAAGUUAUCCCUGAGAAUGUGCAGUUAAGAGCAGAUUCUCUUCUGAAAACAGUAGAUAAAGUAGUCAACAAGUUUUCUGGACAUUCCCCACCUAGUAAACCAAGAGAAAAUACAACAAAUUUGCUAUCAUCUGGAAAAUCAUUUCAACAAGAAGGCACUAUAGAAAAGUCUAAGCCAUCAGAUGUCAAAACUACUGCAAAAGACUUGUUGGCAGCUAGGAAACGACAGCGUGAUGACAUCGAAGCAUUGCUGCCUUCGGCUCUAAUUUCUUCAAAGAAAAUUGGAAGGCCAUCAAAUGCUGCUACUGUCAAAAAACCACCUCCGCGCAAUAACUGAAGGAGUCUAUUGUUGUGAAAUCUUUUUGAAUCCCUUAGUUCCUCUCAACUUUUGGGUUUUGGCCAGCGGGCACAUGCGCUUGAACUCGUGUGCAAGUUGGGUGUCAAGAAUUUAGUUGCCAUCCAAAUGUUAGAGAUCUCGAAUUCAAAGAUUUAGAGAGGGUAAAUUGAGCACCCACUGCCCUCCUUCACUGGAUUAUGAACUCAAUGUACAACCCUAGUUCUGGUGAAGAACAGAAGAAAGCAAUUCUCACAUGCAUUAAAACUGCUCAGCAGAAGUGAAGCUUACAAACACAUUAUCCAACUCUCCUCUCAUCCCAUCAGUUUUGCUUUACGUGCUACUCUAGAUCUAUCCUUUUUUUUCCUAGGAACAAUAUCAGUAAUGUACAGAACUGCAACAACUGCACAAGUAGAGCCAAAGACUAGCACUGGGCUAUAGAUCCAAAGGACGAGCGGCAUCGCGGUGAAGAAGAGACGAUUACCAAUUAUGCUCAAGAGAAUCCCCUUAUCCAGCAUCAUCAACAGUUGCUCAACCGUUAUUCUGGUUUCUGGGAGUACGAGUGUGUUAAUGGCCAGAGCAAGCUGGUUCAGGUAAGUUAUUGAAAGUGUCUGGAGAAAGAAGACAGCCAUGAAGGCGAGGAUGAGGAUGGCCGACUUGUGCGAAACCUCGACCUGGUUCAAGUUGGUCAGGACGAGUUCUCGCUUGUCGGAGAUGGUGCUUGUGAAGGCCAGAAGUCCACAGCAGAUGAGGAAGGAUGAUGAGGCUACUAGCGAUGACCCCAUCAGGCUGUUUCUCAGACUUUGAACUGCAAGUACGUUCUUUUUGUCAUUCUCCUGUGGUAGGAAGACAAUUCAAAUUAAUUAUAACAAAUUUAAUUAUUUAUCAAAAUUAAUUAUAACAAA